UUUGAGUUCGCCUGUCCCUCUGUCUGUCGUUAAACACCUGGCCAUUUUUGAGGCAAUUAGAAAUGAGUUGUAUCAGGUAAAGCAGCUAGUCUUAAAUAUAUAUUACGUACCAACAGGAUUCGUUUUUUUUUGUUAUGUUCGUUCGACUUCUGUCCUUGCAUCAGAAUGUCGCAACUCAGGCCGGCGUUCUUUGUCUAUUUUUUUUUGUUUCUACAUUUUUCUAUGUACAGAUAGAUGUGUUCUUUGUAUCUGUUUAGUUUGUGAUUGUGUAGUUCUGGCAUCAUACGAAUAAACCAAUAACAAGCUAAUUUAGUAAUUAUACAACCUAUAUAAUCAGAUAGGGUAAUGCUAAGUAAAUAGGAAUUAUAAGGCUUAUUUUGUUCCUCUUGUCAGCUAGUUUUAUGCAUAAACUUUAAUGUGAUUUCAUAAUAGUUCAUUUAUUUCAGUAUCAUUUAUAAUAUUUCAUUUUGUUCUGACUGAAAAUUUUAUUAAGAGUUCUGUUUAUUUAUGAAAUCAAGAAGCUUGCAUAAAAGUUAGAAUUUUGUUUGCCGAAAUGUUUUUUUAUGAAGAUAUUAUAGAUAAAUAAAUUCGUACUGUCACAAAACUAUAUUAAUAACUUUGUAAAUUAUGUUUAAGAUAGAAGGGUUCAUUUUCAAAGCUUCCUAAACUUCUUUUUGAACAUGCUAUACAUGCUAUAUGUUUUUUAUUAUUUUGUAUUUAUUAUCACAAUAUGAUAUCUUGUUAGACCAUCAAUUCUCAGUCUCACCUUGAGAUGUGAAUUAUGAUCCUGUCAGUAUGUCACAUUAUUAAUCCUUUUUCUUGACACAUUUGGUUUAUUAUAGAACGAAGUGCUUCAUCCAGAAGGUGUUAUUCAAUUAAGUGUAACAUCAACAUAAAUAUGUAAUAAACUGUUGAAAGGUGUUUACUGUGUCAAAUAUUUAUUUAAUAUAUUGAAUUACAGAAUUAUUAGAAAUCAGUGCCAAUACUGCAAUGGUAAUCUGCCCAAAGUUAGUAAUCUGGAAAGAAAUUAUAUUUAAAUUAUUUUAUUUUUCUACAGAUAGCUAUUUUUUCAAAUCUCAAUCAAUGAUAUGGCUGCUUUAGGCAGCACAAUUGUAUUCCGCCGUAUUUGCUUGAUGAAGCAUUCGGUGGGAUUCAGCGGAAUAUCAACAUGGCAGCAGUUCAGAAGUACCCCUUUUACUAAUGGUUCUCUUUGUACUGAUAAAACAGUGUGUUUUAAACAGAAGGCCUACAUUCACAUUUCUCCCGUAAGUAGAAAUGUACUAUCCACUGAUGCUUCAAAGCCUGACUUACGACAGUCUGUAUACAAUGUUAUCGACAAAUACUUGGGCGUUACUCUGACUGAAAAAUAUCAAAGAAGACAAUUGGACGAAGCCAGUCAUAUCUUACUUAAUAGCAUUUACACAAAAGUUGAUUUUGCAUCUUUACAGAAGUUUGCAAAACUCGAAGAUUCAUUUGAAGUUUGGUUAAAAAUUGUUUAUUUACAUGUAUGGAUGGUUUUGGUGAAAUUAUCGCAAGAUGGAAGGGACGGAAAAAUUAUGUGCAAAAGAAUUAUUAGCCUAAUGUGGCAAGAUAUUGAAACAAGAACUGGGAAACUUCAAGAAGAGUUGAAACAAAAUUUAAAAAUCAAUCAACAAAGAAAAGAUUAUCAUUCCUUACUUCGAACUUCUUUCAUUCUUUUUGAUUAUGGAUUAUUGAAGGACGAUGCCACCUUAGCAGGAUCAAUUUGGGGACAAAUUUAUAAUUUUGAAAAAGUCGAUCCAAGAUAUGUUGAAUCUAUUGUUCAUUAUGUAAGGUUUACCUUGGCCAGACUUGAUGAUAUACCGAUAAGUGAGCUUGUUCUUAACUCAGAGAAAAUGAACUGGUCCUUACCUGAAAGCUUUGGUGCUUAUUUUUGAUAAUUGUUAUUAGCUACGAAUGUUUCAAAAUUGCUUUGAUUGUUUCUUUGUGGAAUUUCAAGUUUUUCGAAAACUGCAAUCAUACAAAAACUCAAAUUCUCUUCUGUUAAAUAUAGUUAUAUUUUUCAACUUUAAAUGUACUAAAGUAUCAGAGAUAUUUUCCUUUCUUUGGCAAGUUUGGGUAAAUUGGCUUGUAUAUUUCAAUCUUAUAAAUCUUCCAUAAAACUAAACUCUUUACCAUUUUUCAAUGGUUCUCAGUGAUACAUUACUGCUAAAAAUGUUCUAUUUUUACUGACUUCUCUAAUUUAAUACCAGUGGUCCAUGAUUAUACUAUUCGUUUGUUCCACAGCAGUCAGAUAAGUACAGUUAGCCUAUUACAAAUAAACUAUUUCAGCAAUUUUUGUUCCAAAAUAUUUCAAUUCAAGUUCAUUUUUGCAG